AUGAUCCCCCCACCGCAGCCCUCGCUCCUGGAAAACAACCCACAUUUUGCGACACUACAUAAAACCCUCAUCACCAAAUAUCUCGAGCACGACGCGUCGAGCCGCGCGAGGAAUGAGGACUACGAAGGUACUGCGGAUCAUUUACGUGCAUUAAGGGAGCGGCUCGCGCGAGAGAGGCUGUUGUUGGGGGCGUUGAGCAGCGUUGCUGGUGGCCGUGGUGCUGGUGCAGUGGGUCCUGAGGAAGCAGGGACAGGGCAGGUGGUAGAGGACGUCGAUCAUGAGACGGCCGAGGAGGGUUCUGUCUUGACGAAGGAGGAUAUGGGUCUGGUUGGAUUGAUGGUACAGUACAUCGCAUCUGCGCCAGAUUUGAGUGCUGAGGAGCAUGGGUUGAUGAGGCAGGAUCUUGCGACUUUUCGAAGCAUGCUUUCCCCAGAGCUGGGAACAGGGCAAAAAGUAGGGACGACUUCAUCUGCUUCGCCGCUCUCGGCGCAGCUCAGCGCACUGCUCAUCGGAAUGGAGGGCAGGCUAAGACGGAAUGCUAUGGUGUCUUGCGACGCCUCAUCAACACCGGCGUCAUCUUCUCCUCCGUCUGGCCCUUCCUCCGCCGUGGACGUCCACCUCCAGCACCUCCUUUCCCAUUCGCGUGGCCUCCACGCGCAUACCCUGCCAAACGCCCUCCUCAACCUAGCAGCCUCCACAACAUCACUCCUCAGAUCCAAUUCCACAACACUGACAAGAUCCCGCCUUCCACGACUCGAAAGCACUGUCUACGGCGCAGCCUCUGAAGCAAGAUCGUUCGUGGCGCGGGCGGAUUUCGACAAGGCCGUUGCGCGGGGGUUGAGAGCCAAGGGGGAAGUUAUGCUGAAGGAGCUAGAGCGGGAUGGGGCUGUUGAUGGGGACGCCGUGCUAACGAGGUUAGACGCAGAGGAGCAAGUUUUACAAGAGCGAAAGGAGCAGCUCAGGAAGGCCUUAGGAGAGUAUGAAUCAGCAGAAAGGGAUCUGGUGAAUGAUGCUGGUGGGCCAACAAGGGCAACGGUUCUCAAGAAGUUGGGAAGGAGGUAUGGGGAGAUCGAGAGCGAGAUCCUGGAGGUCACGGGAGACAUUGAUCGGCUUCAAGUCGAGAGUGAUGGAUCUACGAGGGGUGCGAGGACGGAGAGGUGA